UGGAUGUAACACUGGAGGGCUUUUGUGGUGGUGCUGUGUGAUGAUCGCUCCCUGUUGAUGGUCGUGUUUACACCGUGGGAUUGUCUACCUUUAUGGCGGACGAAGAAGUGUUACAAGCCAACUGUGCCUGUAAAGGAAUCCGCUCCUGUCUGAUCUGUGAAAAUCGCAAUGGGAAACUGGACAACCGGAUUAAUGUACAGCAGCCGCGCCGGGUCUUCGUGUACGAGCCGUCCUCGGGGCUGGCGGUGAGAGCGGAGGCUCCAGGAGUCCAGGAGUCCUUCCCGUUCCCCGGGGUCCUGCUGUGGGAGAACUUCGUGUCGGAGGCGGAGGAGCAGGAGCUGGUGAGCGCGAUGGACCGGGACGCCUGGAGGGACUCGCAGUCCGGCCGCAGGAAACAGGACUUCGGGCCCAAGGUGAACUUCAAGAAGCGGCGGGUGAGACUGGGGGGCUUCAGCGGCCUGCCCCCGUGCAGCCGGGAGCUGGUGCGCAGGAUGGGCCGGGCGCCGCUGCUGGGGGGCUUCCAGCCCGUGGAGCAGUGCAACCUGGACUACAGCCCCCAGCGCGGCUCCGCCAUCGACCCCCACCUGGACGACGCCUGGCUGUGGGGCGAGCGCCUGGUCACCCUCAACCUGCUGUCCCCCACGGUGCUCACCAUGAGCCGGGAGCGGGCGGGGGCGGGGGGCGUGUGGGUGCUGGUGCCCCUGCCCCGCCGGGCCCUGCUGGCGCUGUACGGGGAGGCGCGGCACCAGUGGGAGCACGCGGUCCGCAGGCAGGACAUUCGGGACCGCCGGGUCUGCGUGACCUUCCGGGAGCUGUCUGCGGAGUUCCUGUCCGGGGGGGAGCAGGAGAACCUCGGCUCUCAGCUGCUGGACGUAGCCCUCAGCUUUCAGGGGAUCCCAGUGUAGCAGGCCCUGGGAGUCCAGCUGGGGCGGAAACCUUCUGGCCUGGAGCCCAGGGGUGUGUGGCCCAGGUGUUCGGAUCUCCCCGAGCAGAUAUUCCAUGUGCUUAGCUGAGAUCCCUCUCUUCUGUUGUCUCUGCUUGAUUCUGAAAGAAAUUGUGUUCAGCUGUUUGUACGUGCUUGACUGUAUUUAUUAAACUGUUGAUUUGAGGUCUGA